UCCGCGGCGCUGCGCGUGGGCCGGUGCCCGCCGGGCCCGGGCGGCCGUGUCGCGUCCCUGGUGGGCGCGCGUGUGCCCGGCGCUCACGCCCCUGCGUCCGUUCUGUGUUUCACGGGCCGAGCGGGGAGGGACACGGGGAGACCGCUCGGCCGGCUCCAUAAAAUGCCGUCUCUGUGGGCCCCGAGAGGAAGGGGAGGGAGGGAGACACCGGGACCGGGGAGCCGAGGGGCUGCCUCCCGCCCCGCGGGGGACGGAGCCGCCGCCUCCCUCUCGCCUUCCUUUGCUCGGAGCCGUGAUGGGCAGCGCUGCUCUGGGUGGAGGUGCGAUGGCGGUGUUGGCGGGUGUUGAAGCGGCCGCCGCCAGGGACAGCCUCCCUCCCGGGGCUUCCCGCGCCGCAGGGCAGGGCCCCUGAGCGCCUCUCAAUCCCGAUGUCCACACACACAGCCCCCCAUACCCACCCGCCCCGGGAUGGCCCCGGGACCUCUCAUUGUCCCCGAACGGCCGGUUCGGGCGGAGGCAGCUCAAAGGCUGGGCCGGGACAAACAAGCUUCCGAGGAGCCGGGCCCGACGGAGAAAACAGGGACGAGGGGCCGCCGAAGUCCGGAGGAGGGUCACCCAGAACUUGUUACAAACGGCGAUAGGAAGCCACGGGGAAGCAGCAGAUGAAGCUUCAAAACAAUAGAGAACCGAAGUGCACAGUGUGUCACCAUCUGUAUUUACUAGCGGCCGGUGCAGGGAUGAAGGGCGCCCUGACGGAGAUCAUCCAGCUGGCUACCCUGGACUCGGACCCCUGGGUGCUCAUGGUGGCCGACAUCCUCAAGUCCUUUCCCGACACGGGCUCGCUUAACCUCGACCUCGAAGAGCAGAACCCCAACGUUCAGGACAUUCUGGGAGAACUUCGAGAGAAGGUGAGCGAGUGCGAGGCGUCCGCCAUGCUGCCUCUCGAGUGCCGGUACUUGAAUAAAAGCGCCCUGACCACGCUCGCCGGCCCCCUCACCCCCCCGGUGAAGCACUUCCAGCUGAAGAGGAAGCCAAAGAGCGCCACGCUGCGCGCCGAGCUCCUGCAGAAAUCCACUGAGACCGCCCAGCAGCUGAAGAGGAGCGCGGGGGUGCCCUUCCACGCCAAGGGCCGGGGCCUGCUCCGCAAGAUGGACACCACCACCCCGCUCAAAGGCAUCCCGAAGCAGGCGCCCUUCCGGAGCCCCACGGCCCCCAGUGUCUUCAGCCCUGCCGGGAACCGGACCCCCAUGCCCCCCUCGAGGACACCUCUGCGGAAGGAGAGGGGCGUGAAGCUGCUGCACAUUUCCGAGCUGGAUACGGUCGGUGCCGGCCGAGAGGCAAAGAGAAGAAGGAAGACGCUGGACACGGAAGUGGUGGAGAAGCCGGCCAAGGAGGAGACGGUCAUCGAGAACGCCACCCCCGACUACGCAGCCGGCCUGGUGUCCACACAGAAACUCGGGGCUCUGAGCAGCGAGCCUUCGCUGCCCUCCACCAGCUACCUGCCUGCCACCCCCAGCGUGGUCCCGGCCUCGUCCUACAUCCCCAGCUCCGAGACUCCGCCAGGCCUCACUGUGCUUACAGCCCCACCUUCCCGGGAAGCCAGCCGGCCCCCCGAGGAGCCCAGCACCCCGAGCCCUGCCCUGCCAGCACAGUUCAAGCAGAGGGCACCCAUGUACAACAGCGGCCUGAGCCCAGCCACGCCCACACCCACGCCCGCAGCGCCCGCCUCACCCCUGACGCCCACCACACCCCCAGCUGUCACCCCCGCUGCCCAGGCACCUCCAGUGGCCAUGGUGGCCCCACAGACUCAGCCCCCUGCCCAGCAGCAGCCCAAGAAGAACCUGUCCCUCACGAGAGAGCAGAUGUUCGCUGCGCAGGAGAUGUUCAAGACGGCCAACAAGGUCACGCGGCCCGAGAAGGCCCUCAUCCUGGGCUUCAUGGCCGGCUCCCGAGAGAACCCGUGCCAGGAGCAGGGGGACGUGAUCCAGAUCAAGCUCAGCGAGCACACGGAGGACCUGCCCAAGUCGGACGGCCAGGGCAGCACCACCAUGCUGGUGGACACCGUGUUCGAGAUGAACUACGCCACGGGCCAGUGGACGCGCUUCAAGAAGUACAAGCCCAUGGCCAACGUGUCCUAGGGUCGCCCGCCAACCGCCUCCGCCGGCGACUCGGGCUCCGAGGACGGGGCUCUGGCUUCUGAGCGGCAGGCCUCCGUCAUGUUGCCGAGCCCCCGCCCCCAAGCUUUAGCCUCGUUCUCGGGGUGUUUGGGACUUAUUUUUUAAGUUUUAAGAUGGGUUACUUUUUGUGUGAUCUAAGUCACUUUUUUGGAUUCAAUAGUACAUUUUUGAAUGUUCAAGUUCACCAAAAAGUUACAACUUCCUGGUUGCAGUGACAGCUCUGCCUGUCAGAGACUGUUUUGUUUUUCUUAAACUCCAUUGCCUCAAGGUUGAGGGGACCAAAGGGGGCCGAGCGGGCUGAGGACGGGGUGGGGACAGACAGGCUGACGGCCAGCCACUCGCCCACGGUUUUCUACUUUUGUACAGUGUGAGCAUUUGAGACCAGUCUCCGCUCCUGUGUCCGUUGUACAAACCACCUGAGGAAUUAAAGUUUAGCUUUUCUACAGGAA